AUGGAGCCCUCGCCGUUGACGCAGGUGUCAAGACCUGAGCUGUUCCAGCCCAAGAUCAUCAGCCUUUAUGAAACGUUAUUCCAGGAAGAUGAGGAGGAUGUCGAACUCACCGAGGGCUUCUGGCAGGAGUUCUUCCUGCACCGCCCCGAUCCGGCCGGCCUGAAGCGCAUGCUGGACGCCAUCUCGCCGGACGAGAUGCUGCACCGCCAGGCGCAUUCGCAGCAGCUCUUCAGCCGCGCCAUCCAAAGGGUCAAGCAGGCCGAACCACCCUCGGACGAGAUGGCGCUCGAGACCUUGACAGGCUUCCUAGACGCCGCCUUGACGAAGAAGUACACGAACCCAAGCUCCGACAUCAUCUCCGUUCUCGCAGGUCUGCACGAUGCCGACGCCGUCAUGACCGACUGCAUAGCUACGCUGGACACAGUCAUCCGGGCAGGGCGCACAUUGCCCCUUCGACGCAAGGCUGUCCGAGCGACCCUCUCCAUAACCGCGGCUGGCUUCCACACCGCCUUGCCGUCGUACUUCACACAUCGCGACCUCUUCCCGUCGCUUAUGAGGUACAUCCAGGACACCGACGACAGUGCCCAGGUGCUUCCUGCGCUGUAUCUCCUCGGCCUCCUCGCCAACUACAAUAAGUUCGAGUUCCAGAAUCCGUAUAGACUGCGGCUGGACGACUUCGUGAACGACGCCAUCAUACGAGACAUGAUCACGUGCUUUGGAACGACGUGUGAGGAUAUCAGAGACGCAUAUGUAGCCAUCCAAGACGACGUGCCUGAGGCUUGGUCAUUAGGCUCCACUCUGAGGACGAUAGGCCUCGGUGUACUCGCUCCGGGAUCGCGGCCAGCAACACCCACACCAAACCCAGAGGAGACAAAGUCCCUCUUCGCGACAUUACCUGGACCCGAGAUCGGGGUGUUGCUCUCGACAUACGACUUUGUGAAUGCGAACAAGGUCUUUUGCUUUAAUCUAGCAUCUUUACCUGCGCCGUCAAAGGGCACGCCUUCGCCACUCAGCGCGUACCUAUCCAUGACUUCGUACCUGCUGCAGCACGCGCAUCGAUCAACAAGAUCUGCGUUGUACACAUACUUGUGCCUGUUCAUUUUGCAAAUACUAGUAGAGGACAAAGAGCUUGUGAAGCGACUAUGUAGCGAUGAAAGCAAGUUGUCUGUCCGCAUGUGCCGGCAACGGCAGCCCUUCCUACCGCAAGCCACUGGCGAGCGGACCCCGGCUGCUGUCAUCCUAGAUCUCAUGGUUGACGGGAUCAAUCACAACCUCCGAAGACGGCUUGACAUUGACCUCUACAUCUUCUCACUAGGCAUUCUGCUACGUCUACUCUCCUACCUCAGCCGUACCAAGACACGCAUCGCCUACCACUGGUCCGAACUUUGGAGGACAUUGUUGUCCUUCCUCCGCUUCCUGACGCAGUACGAAAGCGACAUCAAGUCGAACUACAAAUCCACCAAGAUGAUCGACAUCCUUGUGCACGUCCUCGCAUUUGCACUUUCGAGCGGCGAGAACUUCCUACCAGACCCAGCUUCAUACGACGACCUCUUCUACAAACUCGUCGAGACGGGCGACAUCCUAACCAAGUUCCGCGACACAUUUGGACUUGGCAGCUCAGCCGCAAUGCAAAUCUUGGUGAAUGUAUCCUCCCAUUACCACUCCCUGCUGGCAGAUGGCAAGAAGGGAAAGCACUUUAGUCCUGAGGAGGUCAGCGUUGUGAUCAAGCAGGGGUACGAAACGCUGUCUAUUGACUCGAGCGAGGGCCUGGAUGGAUGGGAGAAAUAUCGCGAAGCCGACUCCAGGUCGCUGCUGAAGAAGAUAGCGAGAGCGGCCGUGGAGGAUGCGAAAGCGCUGAAUGAAGAACGAUGA